CGGAAGUGCUCACAUGUCAUUUCAUCCCACCCGGACCAGUGCAUCUUUACCCUUGCACCUCGCCAAAGUAUGUCUUUUUAAUUAGAUGACAAUGUUUUCAAGAACAUUUAACCGAUGUUUUAGCUGUACUGCGUUUUAUCUACGGGAUUUGAACCAUCAACGAAAUCCAUGGAUAUCUUCGGUGGCAAGUGUGCAUCGUUCCAGUGUCACGGAUCAUGCUCACAACUCAAAAGUGCCACUGUCACCUACAUGGCAGCCAGUUGAGAUGACACAACACAUUCAGGUACCUGGUGAAAUUGUGGACAAACUGGAGAGACUUGCUCUGGUGGACUUCCAGAAUCAGGAGGGCGUGGAGUGCUUGGAGAAAGCCAUACAAUUUGCUGACCAGCUUCACUCUGUCGCCACAGCUGGUGUAGAACCAAUGGACUCUGUGUUGUUUGACAGAUCUAUGCAUCUUAGACAGGACAGCAUCAGUGAAGGUGAAUGUGCAGAGGCUCUGCUUACACUGUCCAAACAGGUUGUUGAUGAGUACUUUGUGGCUCCACCAGGUAAUAUUCCACUUGUGAAAAAUGAAGACAGAUAGCAGUACCCCUGAUACAUAGAAUGCAACGUUGCAAACUAUGGUUUUAUGUUCCAUGAACAGACCAUGACUGCAGUGCACCACUGCACUAUCCUGUGGCUGGUGCACAUGGCGUCUUGCAUCCAUGAACUGUUUGUUAUGUACAGUCAAACCGGAAAGUACUCACAGCGCUUCACUUUUUUCACAUUUUAUUAUCUUACAGCCUUAUACCAAAUGCUACAAUUGAAUCUCUGUUGUCAAAAUCCUACACAA